GCUAUACUCUUUCCCAUCUGUUUGCCAGCGUGAGCCAACAGUGCUGGAAUUCACCUCCACGUUUUGCAAUUUGACAGUGGAGGCUUAGCCCGAUAAAAGUGACAGGAUGCCGCCCAAAAGGGCUAUGGAGGAGACCGAUAGGUUGACGCGUAUUGCAAUCGUCAAUUCUGACAAGUGUAAACCGAAAAGAUGCAGACAGGAGUGCAAACGCUCAUGCCCAGUGGUUAGAAUGGGAAAACUCUGUAUUGAAGUUACUCCAAACAGCAAAAUAGCUUCAAUAUCUGAAGAGUUGUGUAUUGGAUGUGGUAUCUGUGUUAAGAAAUGCCCAUUUGAAGCGAUAUCCAUCAUAAAUCUCCCCAGUAACCUGGAGAAGGAAACGACGCACAGAUAUUCUAAGAACUCCUUCAAACUUCAUCGUCUCCCAAUCCCUCGUCCUGGCGAGGUUCUAGGUCUAGUAGGCACUAACGGAAUUGGCAAGUCCACUGCCCUGAAGAUUCUCGCUGGUAAGCAGAAGCCAAAUUUGGGCCGUUUUACUGACCCACCCGACUGGACUGAGAUCUUGAGCCAUUUCCGGGGUUCCGAGCUCCAGAAUUAUUUCACCAAAAUCCUGGAGGAUGACUUGAAAGCCCUUAUAAAGCCCCAGUACGUUGACCAAAUCCCCAAGGCAGUCAAGGGUACAGUGCAGCAACUUCUUGACAAAAAGGACGAAUGUGACAAGCAGCAGGAGAUUUGCAGAAUGUUAGAUCUCACACACAUUCGUGAUCGAGAGAUUCAGGCACUUUCUGGAGGAGAGCUUCAACGAUUUGCCUGUGCUAUGGUGUGCAUCCAAGACGGUGACAUUUUCAUGUUCGAUGAACCGUCGUCCUAUCUUGACGUUAAACAACGUCUCAAUGCUGCUGUUACAAUCAGAUCAUUGAUUCACCCUGAUAAAUUCAUUAUCGUCGUUGAACACGACUUAUCAGUUCUGGAUUAUCUUUCGGAUUUUAUCUGCUGUCUCUAUGGUGUACCAGGGGCCUAUGGGGUGGUCACUAUGCCCUUCUCAGUCCGCGAAGGUAUCAAUAUUUUCCUCGAUGGAUUCGUUCCCACUGAGAAUCUACGUUUUAGAGAAGAAUCUCUUGUAUUCAAAGUGUCCGAGAGCUGCACAGAGGAGGAAGUCAAACGAAUGAAUCAUUAUGAGUACCCAGCUAUGACUAAGACCAUGGGAUCGUUCAGUUUAACUGUCGAGAAAGGACAGUUUACGGAUUCGGAAAUUCUCGUGCUACUUGGGGAAAAUGGAACUGGCAAAACUACAUUCAUCAGAAUGCUUGCGGGUAAUUUGCCACCAGAUGAAGGCUCUGGAAACAUUCCCAUGCUGCAUAUCAGUUAUAAACCACAGAAAAUCAGUCCGAAAAGUCAGGGUAUUGUAAGGCAGCUGCUGCAUGAGAAAAUUCGUGAUGCUUAUAUUCAUCCUCAGUUCAUUACUGAUGUGAUGAAACCCUUGAAGAUCGACGAUAUCAUGGAUCAGGAGGUACAAAAUUUGUCUGGAGGAGAGUUGCAGCGAGUUGCUAUGGCACUUUGUCUCGGUAAACCUGCGGAUGUUUAUCUGAUCGAUGAACCCUCUGCCUACCUGGAUUCUGAACAACGUCUGGUCGCGGCCAAGGUUAUUAAACGGUUCAUUUUACAUGCCAAGAAAACUGGAUUCGUUGUCGAGCACGACUUCAUCAUGGCUACUUAUUUGGCGGACAGGGUCAUUGUUUUCUCAGGGGAUCCAUCCUUGAAAACUACUGCUCACAGUCCUCAGUCAUUGUUAAAUGGAAUGAACCGAUUUUUGGAGCUCUUGGGAAUCACCUUUAGGAGAGAUCCUAAUAACUUCAGACCAAGAAUCAAUAAGAGCCAAUCGGUCAAGGAUUUGGAUCAAAAACGAGCCGGCCAAUAUUUUUUCCUGGAAGAGUAAUCGGUUAAAUUUGAUAAUGUUGCAUUGUACCUCGCCGGUAAUUGCAAAUAAAUCAAAUAUAAAAAAAUCACCAGCUGCUGCCAACUUACAAUUAAUUGAAAGAACGUCUAUGAAUUGUGGAGAAGUAUGUGUCAUAAGGAAUGACAAGCAAGUGAAUAAAGUUAAAUGAUUUCUGCGUUAUUGGAGAUAUUUAGGAUCCACUUAGUUUGAUAUCGUAUUUUUUUUUUUGAAAAUUUUGUACGAAUAUUUUAAUCAACACAAAUUGUUUAUUCUUCUCAAUAUCAUCGGCAGUUUCUCCAAGUUGGCUGUUAUACAUCUAUAACAAUAAAUUCAAAGAUUUCGCAUGGA